ACAUUGCCAUUCCAUCGUGUUUGUCUCCUCUCCUCAGUCGAUCCACUACGCGAACGCGACGCAGCUUGCAGCUGACAGCACCAGAGACAGAGAAGGUUGACGGGCAUGGAAGAAGCGGCAGACCGCGGGCGCCCGCCGUGGCGCUGCACGGUGGCCGUGCAGGCCGCGCUCUGCCUCGCGCUCUACGCGGCCUUCAGCCUCGGCGAGCCGCAGCUCAUCCCGCGAGGCGGGGUGAACGCACUCGGGCGGGGCGCGCGCGGCGGCGGCGGCGGCGACGUCGCCUUCCUCAGCGUCGCUGGCGGCGCGCGGGGACCCAUCGAGCAGGCCAGGCUCCUGAGGCAGAUGGAGACCAUAGCAAAGGUUUAUGAAGUCAAGUUCGUGCUGGAUGUUGCUCAACUGGGAGAGGAUGAUCCACUCUGGCAAAAUGGUUCCAUGUACUUCCAAGCUCUGAACAUCCCCUGGUACUCCACUAAGUCAUCACAUGGGCGGACAGUCGGCAACUUUUUGAAGAAAGUGAAGAUGCCCUACGAUCAAGUUCUAGAUAUUAUUGGUAUGGACACAUGGCCUCUGCAGGAACCUCUACAUGACGGCAAGAUAAGCACUUCUUACAGGGGACAAACUAAAUGGUUGGAUCAAUCACUAGCGCUCACUGACAGCAACUGGAAAAUAGUUGCUGGAUAUAAUCCAUUACUUGUUUGCAAUGGGGAAGAAACACCAGAAACAACAAAGUUCUAUGUGCCAUUUCAACACAUUUUUGCAAAAUAUGAAGUGAAUGCAUACAUAAGCAUGGGUGGGUUUUGCGGUUAUUUCCACCAAGACAAUUCAAUAUUAUACAUAGGACAUCCCAGCCUUGGCGAUGACCAAACAAGUGUAGAUGGUUUUUUCUUGCACAGAGUUAGACCCCUCGAGAUGGAGUCAAUGUUGAUCAAUGUAGAAGGCAAGUUGGUUCAGAGAUCUGUUGUUCAGCAGCAUGGAAGGGGAGCCAUGUGAACCUCAUGACUCAGUUUCUGUUCCAUUAUGUCAUAGCGCCGAACAAAGGCACAUAACAUUGUAUUGGAUUCAUUCAGUUCAAAAAAAAAAAACUGAAUUAGGUUUUUGUCACUUUGCCUGUUUCAACAUGUCUAAGUUCGUAAGGAACUUUAGGUAGCAUUUACCAUUUUUACAAACAAACAAGAGUUCACUAUCAAAUGCAGAGUGCUGCCCAAGCAGCGCAGGAACAGUCAAUACACUCUUUUUCUUGUAAUCUGCUGGUGCUGUGCCAGUUGAUCUCAACAGAAGUCUCAACCACAGUCGAUUUGUUUCAGAAGUUUUA